AUGUCCAGAAGAACAGUAGUACGAACAGCGUUGCUGACUGUGACCUGGAUUCCAGUGAUGAUGACUAUGGGAGAAUUUGUUCAUGUUUCUCAAAUCAAGGGAAAAUCUAUGAGACCCACUUUGAAUCCCAGUGAUGGCAGUACGGAUUGGGUAUUAGUCAAAAUGUUUAGACCACGAAAUAGAGAACGUAAUGAUAUAGUGUUGUUUCGAGCCCCUACAGAUCCUAACGUAGUAUAUUGUAAAAGAAUUAAAGGUUUAAGUAAUGAUGCACUGUAUUUAGACCAUGAUAGUAUGGUUAAACAGGACAAGACGCAUCUAACAUUGGUACCGAACGGUCAUCUGUGGGUAGAAGGAGAUAAUAUGCAUUCUGUAGACAGUAGAAGCUUUGGUCCCAUAUCCGAUGGUUUGGUGAUUGGUAAAGUAAUGUGUGUAAUAUGGCCUCCUGAAAGAUGGGGGACAAAUCUAAAUAGAUGGGUAGGUAGGGACGUUUUAGCUAACCAAGAUUCGGAAUAA